AUGCCCCCGGCUUCGUGCCCAGACCUCAGCCCACCGGGCAGUGACAAACGCAUCCGGAGAGCAGAGCCCCGGCUGCGGGUGGCGGGGAAGGAGCCCGAGCUCCCAUCUCCUGCCGAAGCCGUUUCUGGACCCCUCACGCCCGGCGUCCUGCCGGAGCUGCCUCCUCCGAAGGAUGCUGCUCGGCAGCCAGAACGGGAGCUGCGGGUGCUGGACCAGGCAGCACCUCCUCUCCCAGAGGCUCACGAGGACUCAGAACCUCUCUCUUGGUGCCAGGCACAGAGUAGCACAAGGCACUACGGGCCAGUGUUUGAAGAGCAGCCUGUCCACACNNGCUUGCCUGAGGGCUCUGCAGAAGAGAAAGUCACGCUGUCUUGCCGAGCGAGAGCCAGUCCUCCUGCGACCUACAGGUGGAAGAUGAAUGGCACAGAGAUAAAGAUGGAGCCAGAUUCCCGUUACAGGCUGGUUGCAGGCGACCUAGUGAUAAGCAACCCCGUGAAAGCCAAGGAUGCGGGCUCCUACCAGUGCGUGGCAUCCAACUCCAGAGGCACGGUGGUCAGCAGGGAAGCCUCCCUCCGCUUUGGCUUUUUGCAGGAGUUCUCCGCAGAAGAGCGAGACCCCGUGAAGAUCACCGAAGGCUGGGGAGUGAUGUUCGCCUGCAGCCCUCCUCCCCAUUACCCAGGCUUAUCCUAUCGCUGGCUCCUGAAUGAGUUUCCCAAUUCCCCCCCAGCCGAUGGCAGGCGUUUCGUCUCUCAGACCACGGGAAACCUUUACAUUGCCAAGACAGAGGCUUCCGACCUGGGGAACUACUCGUGCUUUGCCACCAGCCACAUCGACUUCAUCACCAAGAGCGUUUUCAGCAAGUUCUCCCGGCUCAGCCUCGCUGCAGAGGAUGCCAGGCAGUAUGCACCCAGCAUCAAAGCCAGGUUUCCUGCAGACAUCUACGCUCUGGCUGGGCAGAUGGUGACUUUGGAGUGUUUUGCCUUUGGAAACCCCGUCCCUCGAAUAAAGUGGAGGAAGCUGGACGGCUCGCAGUCCUCCAAGUGGAUCAGCAGCGAGCCCCUCUUGCAGAUCCAGGAUGUUGGCUUUGAGGAUGAAGGCACUUAUGAGUGUGAGGCUGAAAACAUCAAAGGGAGAGACACCUACCAGGGCCGCAUCACCAUCCAAGCUCAGCCGGAGUGGCUGAAGGUGAUCACAGACGCGGAAGCCGACAUCGGGGCCGACCUGCGCUGGAGCUGCGCGGCUGCUGGCAAACCCAGGCCCGCAGUGCGAUGGCUUCGGGACGGGCAGCCGCUGACCUCCCAGAACCGCAUCGAAGUGAGCGGUGGAGAGCUGAGAUUUUCCAAGCUAGUCCUGGAGGACUCUGGCAUGUAUCAGUGUGUGGCUGAGAACAAGCAUGGCACAGUAUAUGCAAGUGCUGAAUUAACAGUGCAAGCCUUAGCACCAGAUUUUAGACUAAACCCAGUGAAGCGACUGAUACCUGCAGCCCGAAGUGGGAAGGUCAUCAUCCCCUGCCAACCAAGGGCAGCACCAAAAGCCACUGUGCUCUGGACCAAAGGGACUGAACUUCUGAUCAACAGUAGCAGGGUGACUAUUACCACAGAUGGCACCUUGAUCCUCCAGAAUAUCAGCAAAUCUGAUGAGGGAAAGUAUACCUGCUUUGCUGAGAAUUUCAUGGGCAAAGCCAACAGUACUGGAAUCCUCUCUGUUCGAGAUGCCACCAAAAUCACAUUGGCACCAUCUAGUGCCGAUAUCAAUGUAGGUGAAAACCUUACUCUACAAUGUCACGCGUCCCAUGACCCAACUAUGGACCUAACCUUCACCUGGUCACUAGAUGAUUUCCCCAUUGACUUUGACAAGUCUGAGGGGCACUACCGGCGAGCCAGCGUGAAGGAAGCUAUUGGGGACCUCAGCAUCUUCAACACCCAGCUGAAGCACUCGGGGCGGUACACGUGCACAGCCCAGACAGUUGUGGACAGUGCUUCGGAGUCAGCCACACUGACCGUCAGAGGACCUCCAGGCCCCCCCGGGGGCGUGGUGGUGAGAGAUAUUGGUGACACCAGCGUCCAGCUGAGCUGGAGCCGUGGCUUUGACAACCACAGCCCUAUUGCCAGGUACAUCAUCGAGGCACGGACCCUCCUCUCCAGCAAAUGGAAGCAAAUGCGUACCAAUCCUGUAAAUAUUGAAGGCAACGCAGAGACAGCCCAGGUGUUGAACCUCAUUCCUUGGAUGGAUUACGAGUUUCGGGUCUUAGCGAGUAACAUUCUCGGAGUUGGGGAGCCAAGUUUACCCUCCAGCAAAAUCCGUACCAAAGAAGCAGCACCUACUGUGGCACCAUCUGGGCUCAGCGGAGGCGGAGGGGCUCCCAACGAGCUCAUCAUCAACUGGACGCCAACCCUGAGGGACUAUCAGAACGGAGAUGGCUUUGGCUACAUCUUGUCGUUUCGCAAGAAAGGCACCCAGGGGUGGCUGACAGCAAGGGUGCCGCAUGCAGAAUCGCUGCACUAUGUCUACCGCAACGAGAGCAUCGGUCCCUACACCCCCUUCGAAGUGAAGAUCAAAGCGUACAACAGGAAAGGAGAGGGACCAGAGAGCCUCACUGCCAUCGUGUACUCUGCAGAAGAAGAACCGAAAGUGGCUCCUUUCAGAGUUACAGCCAAGGCUGUUCUGUCCUCAGAAAUGGAUGUGUCCUGGGAGCCCGUCGAGCAGGGAGACAUGACUGGAGUGCUUUUGGGCUACGAGAUCCGGUACUGGAAGGAUGGUGAUAAAGAGGAGGCAGCUGACAGAGUCAGAACAGCAGGGCUGGUCACGUCAGCUCACGUCACAGGCUUAAACCCCAACACCAAAUACCACGUGUCGGUCAGAGCUUACAACCGGGCUGGAACCGGCCCCCCCAGCCCCUCCACCAACGUCACGACAACAAAACCACCACCAACGAGGCCGCCUGGCAACAUCUCCUGGACUUUUGCUGGAUCUACAGUCAGCAUCAAGUGGGACCCAGUGGUGGCAAAGGCAGAUGAGUCUGCAGUUACGGGGUACAAGAUGCUUUACAGGCAGGAUUCCCACUCUGCUCCCACACUAUACCUGGCCAGCAAGAGCCGGAUCGACAUCCCCGUCCCUGAAGACUUCACUCACGCCUUUGUGCAGAUCAGGGUGACGGGCCCUGGCGGAGAUGGAAUCCCAGCAGAAGUUCACAUUCUCCGAAACAGUGGGACAAGUAUGAUGGUGGAAGACUCUGUGACGAGGCCAGUACCCCACGCUGUGAUUAUCACAACUAACUCUCUCGUAAUGGUGGCCCUGAUCAGCUACCUGGAGCUCUGA